GGGUCGGCGGUCGUCAUGGCGGCGAUGGCAGCGAUGGUGGAGGCGCUGCGGGAGUGGGCGGUGGCGGCGGCGCGGCGGGACGCGGCGUGGCGGGCAGCUGUGGCCGCCUGUGCGCCGCUGCUGGCCUCGCUGGCCGGGCUGGCGGCGCAGAUGCGAGCGGCGCAGCGGUUAGCGUGGGACGGAACCCCGCUGGGCGCCUUCAGCGAGCUGAGGGAGCGGCUGUGGCGGAAACAGCGCGGUGCGGCCGAGGCGCUGCUGGAGGAGCUCUGCGAGCGGCGGGAGGAGCUGCGCGCCGUGAGGGACGCGGUGGGGGCCGGUGCGGCCGCUGUGCUGCGGCUGUACGAGGAGCGGGCGGCGGAGCUGAGCCUAACCGAGGUGCUGCGGCGCGGGCCGCGCUGCCCGUCGUUGGCCGACGCUCUGGAGGGACUGCAGGAUGUGGAGCGUUACUAUCGACACAUGUACCUGGAGAUCAGACUGUUCCUACUGCUCAUCAGCUGUGACAGCCUGGCAGACAUGGAAGCCCUCCAACAGGCCUGGGAGAGGAUUUUGGAGCGUUAUGGGGAAGAGACUGUUCAAGAUGCGAGACUCCCUUCAGCCUGUGUUUGCUGGAGAAUCUGCAGAUUCAAAGCAUCCCACCAUGAAGACAAUCAGCCUCCAUGGGCUGAACUUCAGAGCACUCAGGCGAGAAGGCCACUCCACCUCUUUCCAUCCCUGGGAGUCUGCACUGCUGAGCCAGAUACCUGCAGCCAGGCAGACUGGAUGCCGUUGUUUCAGUGCUGCCCCAGCUUGCAGCUCCAGGAAGCAGGGACACCAGGUAGGUGUGUGGGGAUGGGGGCUCCAGCCCAGAAAGGUCAGGAGGUAACAGCAGCACCAAAGGCAUUGCUCGCUCUGAGACUAACUGAUAUAACACACCUAGCCAUAAAAAUAACUCUGAGUGCCUUUAUUUUUAGAACAGAGCUCUUAAAGUGUUCUUGCAUGAAGACCUGUCUCUUAGGAAUGCAAUAAAACAAAGUUAGCAGCUGGAGCUACCUUGUUAAAGUGAAGUUUUCAGGAAACACAGAGCUCAUGCUUUGAUUUUCAGCUCUACCUCCUACUAACUUAAUUUGAAAAUAGUUAUUCUUCACUUAUGGGGAAAGCACAAACUAAGAUCAGUUACUAAAUUUAAACACCCACAAGCAUUUAUAGGGAGCGUCUGACUUCUAUCUGGUUGGUUUGUUUUUUCACGUAGGGUGAAAGUUAGCUUCUGUACGCAGUUCUGCUUUGGAAAUGAGACCGUCUAUGGGUAAUUUUAUCUUAGACACUUUUAUGUCACCCCAUUCUCCCACUCUACAGUAGAGUAUAGGUGUGCUUUCUGACCCCUCUGCCAUCGUAUUGAAAGCAUACAUGUUCUUAUACACCGUAUCCCUUCCAACUCUCCAGGCAGUGGCAGCAUCUCAUGCAUGUGGAUAUAUACCACUGUCCCAACAUCUUUGUCCACCUGGAAGCAGAAUCCAUGGAUUUGGAGAGUCAGAUUCAGAACUCCAGGCUUAGCAACAGAAGCUUUCCUUGAGCAUAAGCUCAUGGAUUAUCAGGCAGAUUUCAGAAUCAAAUUACCAUAACAAGGAAAAAAAAAAAAAGAUAUAGAAUUUGGCACCCGAAUUUAAGUUUGAUUUUAGCUGGGGGCAGAAAUACGUGACAAAAAGCCUUGUGAGUCAUUUAAUAAACCAAGCAUGAGUUUCACAAGCCCCUGCGGUUUCCAUGCUUAUUCUUUGAGACUUUCAUCUUGGCCUGGAGCAGCACUCCUUUGUGACUUUGCAGGGCCCCAGAGCCUGCUCGAGUGCUUAUCCACUCAGAAAUAAAACAAACAUUCUCCCAUCUACAUUAAUUGAAUGUUCAGCUCUCAUUCCUAGCACUUGGCUGUCUACGCUUUAAUGUUUCUCGAGUGCUCUUGACUUUAUCACAGCAUUUGCCCUGUUGAGCUGCUGGUGAGCUCCAAGGGGAACAAAAUCUGCUAAUCCUAUAGACGUGAGUUGAAUGGGAACGCAUCUGGCUACAAAGCAAGGAAGUGCUUUCCUGUGGUGAGGAAGUGCUCAGCUCAGGGCCCAUUGUCUGGCUUUGCAAAGAUGGGCACAGAAAUCUCUUUGGUCGGUUCUUUGCCUCUGUGCUCCAUCCCCUGAUGCUGCACCCUGCCCUCUCUGCUUAGCAGACCCUCUGCAGCAGUCGACAGAGUGCAGACUGCUCUCAUCUCUCCCACCUUAUCUGCCAUUCCUGUGUAGGUUUUACUUCAAUCCUCCCUUCCUGCUUUUCCCCUCAACCCUUUCUCUCCUCCUCCCUCUUUCUGUGGAAACAAAUGUACAGUAGGUGUCUCUUGAACUUGCCUGAACUCCUUGUCCCAAGCACCUUCCUGACUAAUCCUUUCCAGAUGUCCAGGAACUUUUAUGUUUAGCAGCUCUGCUCGAGUUCCUCAUUCAUUCUCAGAUGGAGCAAACCUUCUAUUUCCUAAAAUUAUUUGAAAAAUAGGGCUGAUCUUGGCCUUCUGUGAAACAACCUCAAAGUAUGGCAUUAUGAGCACCACUGCAGCCCCCUGCACCCAAACUGGAGCACGGUAAGCAUUCGUAAGUAGCACUGUGAGCUUGGUUUUCCACAUAUGAGUGCUCCAUGGCUUUCUAUGAAGUUCUGAAAGCACUCACUACUGCACUUGCACCCAACCAAGGGGCAGGGCUGUCGUCUUGCAACCUCCCAGUAGCAGCAGCGUUAGGAGAUCUGUUAGUUAUCAUUGGACAACAGCAAGAUAACAGUGGAAACCGUGUUUCCUGGCUUAUCCUCUCAUCCUAUUCCCUGAAUGAGUUUGCUUUUGGGGAGGUGGCUGUUCCUUCAGACUGGGAUAUGCCUGGUGGCUCCCUUUGCUCGCAUCUCCUAUUUUCAAGCUGCUUGCAGCCUCAUUGCCUGUACUGUUCAGCAGGAGCUUCUGAGGGGAAAGGGCAGUCUGUUGCCCCAGGGCAUGAUGAGGUCUGUGAGGCUGGAAGUAAUGAAUGGAUCAGUUUGCAAUCCUGGAGAACAGCUCUUCAGCACAGCCCCUGGAUUGCCUUGAGGAUACAUCCCAUGCUUCCCCGUGGACAUCCCUUGGUUCUCCUCCCUUUCCCACUCUGCUUUUCAUCUGUUCUUCAUGCUUGCUGUUCAGCAAGGCUUGCCUUGUGUUUGGGAUAUUAGAAAGCUUUGGGCUGUUCAGUGGCCUUGGAAAAUUGCUGUCUUUUUCCUUCCAUUUGUCCUUACUUUGGGGUUCACCUCGGCAUGUUAUGAGUUGACUGCAGAAUAGUGGAGAGAGGAUUUCCAUUAACCCAGAGACUUGCUAUGAGGUGGUUGGUGCCAUUGGUGGUCCAGCAAUGGGUAAGAGCUGGUAGGAUCAACCUGUUUUGUUCUGUGCUCCCUGCCAGCCCCACAUCCACCACUGCCUUUCCACACAACCAGAGCUUACAGAACAGUACGUAGAUCUUUAAUCUCACAGCGCAGUGAGCUCUGUGGGGUUUGGUGCUCCUCCUCCUGCUGCACCACUGCUCCUUCCUCACCAGGAGCUGACACAGGAUGGCUCCCGGUCCUUUUUCCUGCAGUCCAGACAGUCUCUGGGCCACCUGGGGAAGGAGAAAAAAGAAUAUCAAGCCGGUAAGUCUCCUAGCCAUUCUGCUAUGUGAGGAAUGAAUCCAAGAGCCUUUGCAGAUGAUUAAUCUUUUCAAUCCUAAGAAAGCAAAUGAUCUCCUCCCGCUCCCAUAAAUUCAAUCUCUCUCUCCCGCUCCCCCUCUCCAGUGUUUGAACUGCUCGCCAAGAGCUUUAUUAAAAACUACAAGAUGCAGUUUUGUUUCUAACCGAAUCCCAAACAACUGUGUUAGGUGGAGAAGAAACAUUUGGUGCAGUCAGCUUUAGAGCAUUUUUGUGUAUAGUCCAUAGCCACUUGUCAGUCAGAGACCAGAGUCAGCUUUGCACCAAGCUUAAUAGGACCUUUUCUCUUCUCUCCUGAGAUUAGGAGAUGAAUUCAAGCUGGUCAGACCUUUUGGUCUCGUUUCAAAGAGUGCCUGGCAGUGAUUGCUGGGAGUAACCCAUGUGGCAAUCAUGGCACAGUGGAAAGGAUGCAGUCUGUGGGACCUCGGCAUGCUCCGAUAACGCCCCAUUCUUUCCUGACUCUGUGCUGAAAAAGCAAUGCUGCUCCACGGAGCGCAGCCAGCUCCGGGAACAAACUGUGCUGUGCAGCAGCGAGGUCCCAGCCGUCUUCCUGUUGAUUCCCCUUUCUUGACUUCCAAGGGGGAGAUUGCUGAAGAUGCCCCAAACCCUGCUGGAGCCUUCCUGAUGUCUCCAGGAGGUGUGAAGCAGCAGGUGGCCGUCCUGCUGGUGCUGUGCCCCAGGAGCUGCACCCAGGGGUGUGUCGGGGCAGUUCGGGGUCCCAGGGUGAGGUGCACUCCGAGCCGCCAGCUGCCGUGCGUCACCGCCAUUCCUUGGCACCAUGCACAGCGUGUCACAGCCUUCUCCAUUUCAUUUCUUAAUGUUCCCUGGGUCUGAAAUCCAUCAACCAGCGCUGAGAAAAAACAUACGAAGAGGAAGCCAAAGCAGAAGUAAGCAAAGCUGUUCUGUUGGCUGAAUUCCUCCGGCUCGUUGUGUCCCGCUACUCGGAUUGAGUCACAACAGGCACUCCUGCUUUGUGCACCUGAAUGUGGGGAGAAGGCAGAGGUGGCAGCGGCACUCUUCCUUGCUGCCACUGCAUCCCUGUUUUGGGAUCCAUCACAGUGUGGGAGGGAUUGGAAUUCUGGAACAACUCCUAUGAUUUUUGGUCUUUUGGGUGCCUGAGAGAUAACGUGCAUUGUUGGUGUCCUUUCCUUAUGUGCUUCCCGUCUUCCUCUUUUCAUGGAGAAGCUGAAAUGACAAAGAAGUUUAAGCAGAGAUGAAGAGAAAGCAGAAAUUUGGGGACCGGCCCGUCAGGACUUGUUCAGGCCUCACUGAUUUGCAGUCUGAAGGUAAAAACGAUCAUUAGAUCAACUGGUUCGACUGUCCCUCUGCCAUACCCAUACAGGCCCCAUUUGCUACAUCUGGCCUUUUUUUUUUUUUUUUGCAGUGAGUUGUAGUUGGCUCUUCUGUGAUGUUUCGUGAUCAAGGAACAUUGAUUUGGGGGUAUUUAAAAUCAGCUUCUGCUUAGCAGUGAUUCUCGGAGUGGGGACAGAAGGGUUUCAUUGAGAAAAAGGAGUGCCGGUGUGGGGGGUGAGGGAUGCGUAUGGCUGUGUGACUGCAGGUAUGGCACACAGGGAACCUGGGAAGGUCCAGGACUCUGCUGAGAAAGGAGAAAGUGGUUGAAAGAGGAUUCCUGGGUUGUCCAGGUCAGGACACAGAGCUCUCCUUCCUCAAGAGAUCACUGUGUUGCUAUGCAAGGGAAAGGGGAAAUCUGGUGUGGCUUUGCUGGGAGAAUGCUGCUUCGUGGCACGAUUUUGAUACCUCUCCACCAAAACCCUGGGAAAGGGGGUCAGAGCAGGUUGUGUAAGUGGGAAAGAGGUGGAUGAGGCUGUGGAGUGGGGGACAUGCUCUUGAGGCUUGUACAAGGAGUGCUUUUAAACUUAAUAAAUCUAUCCGUGUGUCAAAUGUCAGAAGAAGGCGAGGAGGGGAGGAAGGGAUGGAAAAACUGUGCACAAAGGAUGAGGAAUCUGGAGCAGCUCUGAAACCGAGGAACCUCCAGGCUGCCCUGCCUAGAGCCAGAGGCUGGGAAGCCAUUGGAGCUGGAGAUGGAGCAGUUGUGCUAAAGGGGGAUUCCCAACCUUCUGCCAUGCACCCAUCGCUCUGCGUUAAGCACAGCCUUGGGUGGGCGGAGCCCCCCAGUUUCGGGUGCCCAUUUCCAUGUGGGCACAGGGGGUCCUCCGUCCCCCCACUGCAGGUGUGGGGAUCCAACAGCAAACACAAAGCCCUGAGGCGCCUGAGGAAUAAUCCAGACCAGCUUUUGCUGGACACUGCUCCCCCAACUCUAAAAGGCUUUUUGGUCGAGUUUAAUAAGAUUAGGCUGUAAGCUCUGGAGAUGUCAGCUCGCUGGCAGGUUUGCAUUCAGUAGUUUCUCGAGCGCCAGAGAAUGUUAUUGCUCAUUUCAUUGGCUUGCCUUGAUUUCACUAGAUCAGCCUGUUGCUUUGCUUCCCAAUUAGCCGCAUCUGCACAACAGUAAUGGGCUGGAGAGCAGAAAGCCUGGAGAGGGGUGCAGAAUUGUUCUGCCACUCGGAAGGGUGUUCCCUGCAUCACCCCCCGCCAAGAAGGUUUGGGCUCUGCACCCGACUUGAUAGCUGGCACUGUCUGAAGCCCCAUGGGGGUCCCAGCCCCUCCUUAUCGCUGCAGCACGCAGCAGUGACAUUGCACAGCUUGGUCUGUUGCUGGGGAGCGUGUGUUCUCCAAAGCUCCAGUUUAGGUCUGUGCUGACAUUAUUGAAGCUACUGGUAAUAAAACAUGUCAAUACAGGGGUCAGGGCCACAUCUGAUCCUGUAAAAGGAAAACAAAACAAAAGGAACCAACCAAAAAUGGAAAGCGAACACGGAUUGACAAGCAGACUGGGUUUCCAGGGACGAGUGGUGGCAGCUCCCCAACCUGCUGCAGUCACUGCAUGGAAGGGACAAGUGGAGCAGGGGAGCGGCCGUGUCCCGGUGCCACAUCAUCGUGCAAGUGCAGAAUGCUCCCAGCACAGCAAACUACAAAUAAAUGCUGUUGAUGCCUUUGCCAUCCCGUCAGGGAUUAGUACAUGCUGGAGCAAUUUGCAUGGGGAUGAAACUUGGAUGAGAGGGCAAUGCUGAGGGAAUACGGUAUUAUUUAUUAUUGCCAGUUGCAAGGGAACAGCAGCAGCCUCCAAGCUUGUAUAACUCUGGAACAUGACUAUUAUUAGAACGGAAAGUUAGCAAGCAAUUAGCUAAUUGCAAUUCACAUUGUCUGUUGACAAUUAUAGGGAGAACAGUUAUAAAGCCCAACAGAUGGAACUCAAAUGGGUCAGUCUCUUUUUUUUUUUUCCAUCCCCAAAGGGCAUUUGCAAUGAACUUGUAAACUAUAGGUUCCAAUCAUGGCUUUGUGAACAAGCUGGUCCUAUGAGUAAGCACGUCAGGGCGGUCACUUCAAACAACCUUCCUUGCUGAGGAAAUGAAGUGCAGGACCUUCACCUGCUGGCAGCAGCUGUGCUUGGGGCUGCUGUGGGGAUGGGAGCCCAGCGCUGGGGGGCUCAGCACAGCAGGGUCAGCCCCACAGCCACCAGUCUGCUGCUGAAUCUGAGCUCUGGUUACAGCUGGCCUGAGCCCAAGCUGGACAUCAACCGGGCUGGAAAAUUCAGCUAAUGGCUCUGUGGUUUCAUUCAUUUGCUCUGCUGUGGUGACACUUGUCUGUAUAGCCCUGGAAAAAGGGAAGCGAAUCAAUCCAGCUAAAACAUACGUCUCUUCUCAUCCAUUUGUUUAUGGCUCUGUACAGCUUCAGGUAAUACCUUCUCUUCUUUCUCCAGCAGCGACACGGAUCUGCAGCGUAUCCUGAGCCUCAUUUCUCAACCUUUGAGGGUUAUUUAAGGGAUCUCUGGUCCCCGGUGAGGCUGAGUCAGAAAAGCCAUCUCUGCACAGACAGGAGGGGGAUUAAGUCGGGUCCUGCUUCCCCUUUUAAGCUGCAGGAGAUACCAGCGAGGCCGUUCCCAUGGGACAGAGAUUAUCUCAUUGCUUUUGCUGGAAACGUCUGAGGGAUGCAGCGCAGGGAGAUGAUGGAUGGCUGUGAAACAUGAAGCGUGGAUCCAAGGGAUGGCUCUGCACACGCUUUACAUUUGCUUAAGCCAGAGAAGGACGUGGAUAUGCCGACUACCUGAUAAAGGUCUUUAAUCCUACAGUUGGACUUUCUGUGGGGUUGCAGGGAGCUUUGCUCCUUAUCUAUCCCGGAAUGUUACUGAUGUCGUGGACUCCAGCAAAGGUGAAUGUCCCAAUUUCAGGUCAAGUUGAUGCUGAUAGGGGUGCAGCUGUGGGAUCUGAAACGGAUUAAGGCCGGCUAUAUGAAUUUCAUAAAUAGUAAUACUAAACCAGUGCACACCUUAGGCUGAUAUUAAACAGGGGAUGAGUUGGUAUUCAUCCUUAAUAGCGAAUGCAUUAUAAUGAAAUGGAAACAUCAGGUUUUACUUACAAAGCCCAGGUUUCCCAUAGGAGGCGGUUUAUGGAGUGACCAUUUAUUAAAGACAAAUGCUAUCAUUCGAAACAUAUCUCAUGUAGAGAGGGGGACGGGCUGAUUCGGAGGAGCGGUAAUGAGAGCCGGAGCUUUGCAUUUACAAGGCAUUGAUGGAAGCAGGCUGAGCAUCAAGGCAAGGUGCACUGUCCCCCUGAGCCUCAGCAGCACUGCGAGGUGCUGAGCGCUGAGCCCCGACCCCAAAACCGAAUGGUAACACAUAUCGAGCAGCAGGCAGAAAGCAAAGCCGGUUCUCUCGAGUCAGAGCAGUCAUGUGCUUAAAAUAAGUCCAUCUUGGAGAGGAGCCAUCACCUCAGCAGGGCUCUGGGGGCUGAGCAGGGCUGGGGUGCUAAGCUCUGCUCUCUGCACUGGAAAUCCCCAGAAAUACGAGCUGGCUGCUGCUGAAUGGCUCCGGGUCUGCGUGAUGCUGUCUGAAGGAGCAGGCAAGAGAGCGCCAGGGGUUGUGCUCCAUCCUGUCGUUGCCACGUGGGUGGGUAACUGCGUCCUCAGGUUUUGCUUGUUUCAUCUUUGUGGUUUUGUCAUUCAUUGGGAAUUUCCAGCUCACGGCUGCCCUACGUACACACAGUUCACAGCUCUGGUGCGCUCUGAAGCACUAUGAUUCAUUCAAGUGGAAGGAGAAUGCGCAGAGCACCCUCAGGCCUGAGCCCAGGAGGGCAGUGCUGAUGGUAGCAGAGGGCACAGUGCCUCUUCUGCACACUCAGAGGCUUCUGUGACCUGAGGAGCGUACACAAAAAGGAAGGGAGAUCCCCCAUGUUUUAAUGUGCUCCUGCUGAGGGAUGCCAAUGUCAGCACCCACAGCCACAGCCCUUCCAAAGCCACAUGGCUUCCCUUUCACUUCAUGAGUUAGUGAUUUGGAAUUGCAGGGCAAAUGUUAAAUGUUAACAACUGCUGGUAAAGUCACAUCUGCAGAUCGUUUUGCUGUUCACCUGGAAAGAAACAGCUCUCAUUCAAUUAAUCAAAGAAGUAUAUGGUGGCUUUCUGGAUAGAUGCUGGCACCCUGACAGGACGAUGCUGUUCGUUCUUUGGGAUUGAAUCAGAAAUCCAGGAUGAGGACAUCAUUUGGAGGAAGUGGCAGGUAAAAUUGCAUGCUUUCUAGAAGCAUAGAUUUGGUUUGUUGCGUGUAGGAAGACUUUCUGGCUCAUUGUAGUAUGACAUUUGCAACCAUUUAAUUUGAAUAAAUUCCAUUUUUAUGUUCCAUCCGGCUUUUAAUAUGUCAGCCAAACCAUCCGUAAGGGACAGAAUGUAAAUCCUGCCUGCUCUCCCUUCUGUGCUAUCAUCAGGGAUCGAUCAUGCUAAUGCUGCUUGUUCCUUGGGCUUCCAGAGCUCCCAGAGGUCAGCGGCUCCAUUUGGGAAGGCCUGGGAGAAGCUUCAGGUUCCUUCAGGAUGGAGAGGUUGGGAGCUCUGUCUCUGUUCAUCGUGCUGUGCGUAGGAUGGGUAACCAUGGACCAGGUUAAGUGCAGAACGAGCAUGGCUUGUGGCUGCAAAGGGAGAAACGUGGCCUGAAGUGGCUGCUAUAGGGACAGUGGGCAAGAGCAAAGAAGUCCUGAGCAGGGUCUGACUCCUGAAGAAGAAAGCAAGCAACCAAAUGUGUACCCCCUGCCAGCCCUGGGGAGGUGGCUGUGCCAGCAGCAGGGUGCUGCCGUGCAUCUGUCCCAUUUGCUGGCCUGUGCCAUCAGGAGGUGAGGUGCAGACCAGCAACAGUGAGCGGCCGGCUUUGCUGCCGUGCCACAAACCAGCUGCAAUCAGCUCCAGUGCGAGCCAGUCCCAUUGCAGAGCUGCUUGGCUAAAAUUAGAAAUGCAAUUGAGAUCAGGCUAGAAAAUGGAUUGCUUUUUUUCAUAAAGCAAAGCAGGUGCCAAGCACCUGUGUGGAAAUGCACGGCUGUUUAGUGCUUCGCCUCCAUCCAGUGCUGGAGAGACAGCAGAGCAGGUCCUGGGGGCAAAGGUGAGGGGGGUUCUGGUAUGCUCAGCAGUCAUUGCCUGGCAUCUCUUAGUGAGAGCAUGGAAUUCUCUGUGUGUUACAGGUGGCAUGUCUGUAUGCAUGUCUGUAUGCAAUGCAGCUGGGGGAGAACACCCAUCCACUCUGAGCCUGCUGCCCCAGCAUGGUGGGGAAUAGGCAACAGUUCCCAGAAGGGCAAAUUGUAACUACUGAGAGACCUCCUUGAUGCGUUAUCCUCACAUCUGGCAGGGAGAACAGAGGGGCAAGGGAAAUGCAUUGCCUGUCUGCCUCUGCAGCUCAGACAGGCUGGUGACAGCUCCGCAAUGUAAAUGAUGCGCUUUAAGCCCUAAAUAAAGUGUGAGGAACGUG